AUGGGUUCAAUACCAGCGCCACAAGUCUUCGCAGAGGCCGAAUACAAGCCAACGGUCUUUCUUCCUAGCCCUUACCCAAAGGGUACAGUCUUCCCCUUUACACUCGCCCCAGUCCAAUCAAAAACGCCCCUGCACGAUGUUAUCGCCGAAAUCCAGGAUUUAUCAAAGACAGGGAAGAUUAGGUCACUGCUGAAUACGCACGGAGCGAUAUUCUUUAAGGACCUGAAAAUCGAAAAUGCAGAGCAAUUUUCACAAUUCGCACAUUCAUUUGGAUACGUCCCUCAUGAAGACAUUGGAAAUCCUGUGCGACGAACCAUCCUGGCAAAAAAUGUUGCCACCGCAAACGAGGGACCCAACACACAGCCUGUGUAUCCACACAAUGAAUUCGGACUGAGUCCUCACUUUCCUGCCUAUGUGUUUUUCUACUGCUUUUCUGCGCCCGACACAGGCGGCGAAACUCCCAUCAAUAAUUCAAUCAUUCUGUAUCAGCAAUUGAAAGAAAAGCAUCCAGAGUUCAUCAAAGAAAUCGAAGAGAAGGGGGUCAAGUACCAACUGUUCUACGUCAACUCAUCAAGGGAUCAGACCACAUCUCCCGGAAAUUCGGUGCUGCAAGCAUAUGGCGAACAUGUGAACGACACAGACGACACUGAAACUGCGCGACAAAAGAUUGAGAAGGAGAUUCAGCGUCUCCCAACUGCAAGGUGGAUCUGGGAGAAUCAAAGCGAGAGCAACCCCCUAGGAGACCUUCGAGUGUGGCAGCAUCUCCCCGCAGUCAGGAAACAUCCGCAUACAGGCCAGACCACAUUUUUCAACAAUACAGUUUCAAGAUUCUUAAAUGCCAUCGACGCUGAAACAUUACAGCCUCCACACAUCAACAAGGAUGGACGUUACCAGCCACCGGCCUUUUAUGGCGACGAUUCCUUGAUACCUCGUGAAUACUAUGAUACGGCUGUGGAAAUCAUCAAGAGUACAAGGUCAUUAGUGACGUGGAACAAGGGAGAUGUGAUACUACUCGACAACCACGCGGUGCAACACGCAAGAGAACCAUGGACUGGCGAGCGAAAAUUACUAGCCAGUCUUUGGGACGAACCGUGAGAAUUGGCGUAAUUGCAUACAUACGGC